AUGGGCGCAAUAUCGAAUACAUCGGCUCGCUCGCCGACCGCCUCGCUUGGGCCCUCGAAGCAACGUGCAAAGGGCACGGCACGCACAUCUACUGUCUCCAAAAGAAAGCGAAUCGCCGAUGAGGAGGAAACAACCACUACAACCACCACCACCACCAGAAAAUCUAGAAAAUUCGUCCCCGACAAUAUGAUUAUUCCUACUGCCAGGAAUUCUAAUUUGACAGAACAGUGUGUCAUUUCUCCAAUGAAGAAAAACUCUAAGAAGACAGCGCCGAUUCAAGAGGAGCGUCGAGAGCGUAGGUUCCGGCCACAUGCCCCGCUCUCUUUCCAGGAGAGGGCUGCACGUGCGAUGACUCAACGUAUGUUUAUUGUAGGGCAUAACAUUACUCUGGUGGACGGGGUGCUGGACAUAAGCUUCGAUAUUGUCGGGACCACUGGCAACCUUUACAAGACCACCAUCGGGAAGGUGCCAACCUGUAAUUGUCCAGACGCGCGCAAGGGAAAUCAAUGCAAGCAUAUUUGUUAUGUAUUGAUAAACGCCCUCAAAGCACCGGCGGACCUUCAGUAUCAACUAGCCUUCCUAUCUUCGGAACUCCGGGAAAUAUACAACGGUUCAUCGCUUAGCAAAGAGCGACCCACCAAAGACAACGCUGGUAACCGAAAACCAAUUGAGGGAGACUGCCCAAUAUGUUUCAUGGAAUUUGAGCCCGAAAUGGAGGACAUUGUGUGGUGUCGAGCUGCAUGUGGGAACAACAUCCAUAAGACUUGUUUCCAGCAGUGGGUCGCGACCCAGCAAACACAGGGUCUUAGAUGUGUCUACUGUCGUUCGCCCUGGCAGCCCGAUACUGAAAAUGUGGAUGUGGAAGAAUUGUCCCGUCAAGGCAAAGUCAGUCACGAUGGCUAUGUCAAUGUGGCUCGGCACUUUGGUCUUUCAGGACGUCGCGACGUUUCGAGCUAUCAUCCCCUUUGGGUGCGCCGACAGCAAUAUCAGCAUGAGGAUGACUGGGACUACGAUGACUAA